AUGAUCAGGAGUUAAUAAGAAACUAUUGUUUUUGGAAAUAAAACAACAUGUGGUGGGAUUGAUAUCCCACUGGCAUUUCAAUAAAAAGAAUACAAUUAAGAUUUAGUGAUAUUUGUUUCAUUCCAAUAUGAUAAUUCAAACAAUUAUUACGCAUACUCAGGCCCUUGCAAAAUUACAAAAUAUGAUUUGAGGCCUAUUUUUGGAGUUAUUAAUUGGAAUUUGAGACAACUCUAAAUGAAAAAUGUUAAUUCAUUCGCUAUUUAAUAAAAUAUUUAAACAUCUAUUCAUGAAAUAAUACAUGCUCUUGGAUUUAUAAAAAUACUGUAUUAAUAUUAUUAUGAUCCUUAAACAUUGCAAUUUUAUAACUUAACAUCAGAAAAAGAUUAAAAUAACCAUUUGAUUUUAUCCACUCCUCGUUUAGCCAAUACAUCAAAGGAAUAUUUUUAAUGUGACUUAAUUACAGGGGCUGUAAUGGAGAAUUAAGGAGGAGAUAAUUCUGCAGACCAUCAUUUUGAACGCACCUACUAUUUUAACGAACUCAUGACAGGCUCAUAAAUGAAUGGAUAAUCUGUACUAUCAGAAUUUACAUUUGCUUUAUUAUCAGACUUUGGGUAGUAUUAUCGAUUACUAAAGUACAAACGGGAUUUUAUGACCUAUGGGAGAGCCAAAGGAUGCGACUUUUUAUUUAAAUCUUGCAAGGAAUUAGAAGUGGAUGAAUUCUGCCAAGAAAAUGAAUAUACAUGUUCAUUUGGUAAUAUUGGAAUUGGUAAAUGUGGCUAGGAUCAAUUGAGUGAUUAAUGCUCAUAUAGAAGCAUUUUUAAAGGAAUGGAUUGUAAAAACCCAUUUUAAUUUCAGACUUAAGAAUAAAUAGACCAUUUCUCAUAGACAAAAAGUACAGUUAGUGAGAAUAGUUUAUGCUUUCAAAUAUCUUAUAAGGAAGAAAAAGUUGAAACUUUGUCUGAAAGAUUAAGUCAAAUAAAGGAAUCUUGUUAUAGAAUUAAAUGUAAAAAUGAUCAAAUACAUAUAAUUUUUUAAUAAAAUGACAAUGAUUAUAUCCAAGUUCAUUGUCCUGAAAAUGAGACAAUUACUUUUAGUGAAAUCAACUUUCAAAUUAAAUGUCCCCAAAAUUCAAAGUAAAUCUGUGCCAAUUAAAAUGAUUGUCAAAAUUAAUGUAAUUCAAGAGGUUUCUGUGUAAAUUAAUAAUGUACUUGCUAAUUUGGAUUUUCUGGAUAUUACUGUGAAAAUGAAUGUAAUGGUUUUAGAAAAGAGGAUAAAUGUUUGAUUGAAUGCGAUGAAUAAGAUUAUGCUGAUAGUAAUUCGAUGUAUUGUUUAACUUGCUCAGGGAAUUGUAAAACAUGUAAGAGUAUCAUUGAAUGUUUAGAGUGCGAAGAUGGCUAUCAUUUAGUAGAUAAUUUCUGUGAACCCCUUUAUCAGAAAAUAUAAUCAUCAUCAAUUUAGUUUUAUUCUACAACUUAGAAAAUUAUUCUAAUAUUAUUGAUUAUUUUAAUUUGA